AUGGAUUCUAGUAGCUCGCGGAAUACGGCCAAAAGCCUGGCCAACGCCUACUCCUACUACAUUCGGGGCAGGGUCAUCCUCGUGACUGGCGUCUCGCCCGGAUCACUGGGCGCGGCCUUCCUGAAGGUCAUCGCCGGUUCCGGUCCCUCCGAAAUCAUCCUGGCUGGCCGUGAUAGAGGCAGACUCCAGGCAACUGCGCAGAUGGUCACAGAAGAGAACUCGUCCAUCAAUCUGCGGCUGCUGCCGCUGGAUUUUCGAUCCCUCUCUGCAGUACGGGUCGCCGCCGACAGAGUCAUGGCGUGGGCUGACCUGCCACACAUCGACAUUAUGGUGAACAGUGCUGGAGUCAUGGCUACAGACUGGGCCAUCUCACUGGACGGCUUCGAGAGCCAACUUGCUGUGAAUCAUCUCGGCCCAUUCCUGUUUAUCAACCUCAUUAUGGACAAGAUCCUCAAAUCCAAGGCACCUCGAGUGAUUCUGGUCGGCAGCGAUGGACAUCGGUUUAGCCCGUUUCGAUUUCCGGACUACAGCUUUCAGGACGGCGUAACAUAUGAUAGAUGGCAGGCCUAUGGACAAUCGAAGACUGCCAGCAGUCUCAUGGCGCUGAAACUGGCAGAGAAACUUGGUUCCACGCACAACCUCUUGGCAUUCAGUGUGCAUCCUGGCUUCGUCAAGACUAACGCAGAUGCGCACAUCAAUUGGACAGAAGAACUACCCCGGAUAUUAAGAAUAGACCAGUUCUUGGGGAAUCAGGAGGGUUGGAUGGGGGCCGUACCCCCGAGUAGCCUCGACCAAGGGAUAGCCAACUAUGUAUAUGCUGCUUUUGACCCAUAUUUGUGGACGAGUAAUGGCUGGUAUCUCGAAGACUGCCGUGUUGGAGAUCCUCGGCUUGGUACAAUUAAACCUUGGGUGACCAGCUCGGCCGAGGCUGACAGGUUGUGGACAUUGAGUGAGAGCCUUGUCUGUCAGGAAUUCAAGUACUGA